GACCUUUAAACAGGGAGACCAGCCUCACAAAACGACAACGGAUCUUCACUAUACAGUUGAGCUAUUUUGGGUAUCAGUCUCCCUUUCCCAGAGACUUGAAUGAGGUGCAGCUGCGAGCCGAGAUGCCUCUAAACGACGAGCGACCGACCUCCACGUCCAGCGGCGAGGAGCAAGGCAGCGACGCGGAGUCGUCAUCGGAGCGUUGUGACAGCAUGACGUCGACCAGCGACGCGGACUGCUCCCGCGAAAGCUUCACGAGCGACGGCUCCAGCAAACAUUGCACGCCCUCCUCUAAAUAUUUGGUUCUCACAGCAAGCCCACCCAAAACCUUAACCCUGGAUGAAGUCAUGGAGUCCACCAGAGACCUGUCUAAUCUCAGCAUUGCCCACGAGAUCAUUGUGAACCGCGACUUCCAUCUGGAACCAGACAGCCUCCCUCAGGACAGUUUAUGGAAGCUAGUUAGAGAUAAUAUCCACAAGGCCUUCUGGGACAUCCUGGAGUCCGAGCUGAACGACGACCCGCCCGAGUACGGGGAAGCCAUCAGAUUAUUGGAGGAGAUCAGAGAGAUCCUACUGUCAUUCCUCAAUCCGGGAGCCAAUCGGAUGCGGACUCAGAUCACGGAGGUGCUGAACAUGGAUCUGAUUCGUCAGCAGGCUGACAACGACGCUGUCGACAUUCAGGGGCUCGCCUCCUACAUCAUCACCACCAUGGGCAAGAUGUGUGCGCCGGUCAGGGAUGAGGAAGUCAAGAAGCUCCGCGAAAGCCCAGAUAACAUAGUGGCACUGUUUAAGGGGAUCUUCCGCGUGCUGGACCUGAUGAAGGCUGACUUCGUCAACUUUAAAAUAGAUAAUCUGAGGCCUGUCCUGCAGAGGCAGGGUGUAGAAUAUGAGCGGGCGACGUUUCAGAACAUCCUGGACAAAACCCCCAGCGCUUUGAAGCACACCACCUCGUGGAUCAAGUCAACCCUCGAGGAGAUGUCGACCUCCAUCACCAAAGGACCGACUGAUGGUCAGGGAAAAGGCCAGCGGCUGAUGCCCGGACCCUUCCAGGUGCUCAACGUGGCCUUCCUCCGCAUCCUGACGUGGGACUACGACAAGAGCCCACUGCCCGAGACCUGGAUGACCGAUGAGAUGCGUCUGCGGCAGAUUCAAUGGCAGCUCCAUCAGGUCCAGGCGGUCAACGAGGUGCUGCUCAUUAUCUACAGCACCGUCGGAGGGCCCAUCCAGGGCCUGCCCUCCUGGUCUGACCGCCUGAAGAGGAUGAUUAGUGUGCUGCUGGAUGGGAUGCACAGCCCGGACUUCAACCUGGAAGAGGCCCUCGAGAGCGUGAGUGCUCAGAUCUGCUGUGAGGUCAACAAGUCUCUAACGGAGAGGGGCUACCCCGCCCUGAGCCCGGCGCUGCAGGCCACGCUCACGGGCCAGAUCCGCAGCAUCACCCAGAAGGACAAUCCCAUCCGCACUCUCGUUGAGGAUCGGGUGCGGCAGUUCUUCGCGGAACUCAUCUGUGAUCCUAAACCCCAGGUCAAACUUGAACAGGUGCCAGCCGGCCUGACGGCCAUCAAGCCGGAGCUGGCGUCGCUGGGAGCGAAGUUCAUCUCCCUGGUUAACUACAACAAGGUUGUGUAUGGACCUUUCUACGCGGAGAUCAUCAAGAAGCUGAUGUUCCGGAGCGGCGCACCGGCAGCAAACCCUCCACAGGACCCCACUCGGGACUCCGUCCCCUCCAAUUAAAACCAAAGGUUGUCUUUUUGAAACACAAUAGUUUGACUUGCCUUCAUUGUAUUGCAAAUGAAUUUUUUUCUCACUACAUUGAGCAGUGAAGGCGCCAUGCAGGACACAUUUAAUGUGACCUGCAUCCUUUAUCAUAGAUGCUCUUAAAUGUGCUUUGCUGUGAGUAUUUUUCAGCUUCAAACCCAGAACCCCGUUGUUACAGCGAUCCGUUUCUGGAGCUCACGGUGAUCCCGACGUGGGGAAACGUGUCCGUGGUCAGACUUUUAUUGUGAAGGGAGUCCAGAGAAGGGAAAGAUCAAAACCACAGUAAGCUUUAUAAAGAGUGGAAAACGCUGUUAUAUUUAGAAAAGUAGCACAUGAGAUUCCUUAUGGAGAACAAAUAAUUUAUCAGUGCUAAAUUCUAAGGAACCUAAUUUUAUUUAAACAAUAACUACCGUGGGAAGAAAAAAAUGAAAAACACAAGGUAGCCCUUUUCCCACUGAAUUCAUCUUUUUGAUUGUUCUCCCUUUUUGUAUCUUUAUCAUCCAGAUAACUUACUUUAUGUAUUUUUUUCUUUUUUUUGUAUCCACUUGUAUUGCUUUACAGGUAAAAAAUACAAAAAACAACAACUGGGAUUUUAAAGUUGCAAAAAAAAAGAAACCAACAAACGUCUGCGUGAGGAGCUUUGAGUUUGUGUUGUAUCAUCAUGAAUAAUUUGUUGUUCUAUACUUUUACUUGUUGUCUGCCAGUGGAAUACUUGUUCUGUUGAUUUAGUGGCCAUGUUUGUUCCAUGUUGAUGUACUGUAGUCAUUACAGUAUCGCUGUGUUGGCUGUUAGAACCUGAGAGGGAACCAAAGGUGCUGAACUCAAAAGUGAAUAUGUGUCCAAAGAUUUUCAUUCGCCCAUUAAUGCACAAUGGAAAAUGACUGAUAUGUACUUUUGAAAAGGUUUAUAUAAAAUGUGGGAUGUUGUUGUUGUUUGUUUUCUGUACCACAGUUAAUAAAAUUCAACUUUUAAAAAGAAAAUCGUCUUACUUUGUGUCUAAGUCCAUGUUUAAGUUCCGUGAAGCUGCAGACUGCAGAGUAUUAUCCCCUGAAAUCAAUAAUAUAAUUAAUUGUCUGGACAGAUACAGGAGAACAUUCCUGCCGACGGCUAUGAGGCUCUAUAACAGUUCACCUCUUGCCAGAUCAUAGUGCAAUAACUACAAUAAUAACUGAAUACUUACACUAUGUUGAUCUGCACUUCACACAUCUCAUUUGGUUGCACUACACACAUACACACACAUUUCAUUUCAUUUGCUCUGCACUCAUACACACACUUUGCUUUUUGCACUCUGUCUAUAUUUAAUAUUUUGUGUAUUUGAUUUGUCAGUGUUGUUGUGUGUUGUGUAUGCAUGUGUGUUGUACAGGACUGUCUCAGAAAAUUAGAAUAUUGUGAUAAAGUUCUUUAUUUUCUGUAAUGCAAUUAAAAAAACAAAAAUGUCA